UGCAACACUUUGAAGAUAAAGAAGACCAAGUGUUAGGAAAUGCAUUACUUUGUGCACAUAAAUAUUUGUCAUGGUAUUUGUUAGGUGUGGCAGCUCCAAAAUAAUGACCUGCAGCAGCGGAAGCUUUGAGUAGAUCAAAAAAGUUCCUUUGUGGCAAACAAGGGUCAUUUGGUGCAUCUGUGGAGUGUGGGAGCAGCCAGCCUGCAAUACCCUGGCAAGUCAGUGCACCCACAAGGAAGCAGAUAACUAUCAUCCACCACAAAGCGCUGGCUUGCAAAAUAACGAUCAUUUAAUUUUAAAAGGUUAUGGUGCCAUUUGCAACUAUCUGCUGUAAUUAUUUUACAAAGAAAACAAGCUCAGUGUAGUCUUAACCAGGGGAAAACACAAACAUCUACUAAUAGAAAAGAAACAAAGUUUAAUUUGCUCAUGGAUCAGUGAAGUCCAAAAAUGUGCAUUCAUUUUGAGUGGACUCUGCCCUUUCUCAGCAUUUAAGAUUCACAAGUGAGGGCCAGCAGAGCUCAGAGAGGAAGCCAAGACUCAUGAUUUGUGUCCACUCCUGGCUGUUCUGACUGCUGCCCCAGGAAUAAACAAUCCAGAAGCUGAAUACAUCAAUAAAUGCAUAAGGCUAUUUUAAGAGGAGACAUGAACCUUGAAGAGUAUUUUGCAAGAACUGGCUAUAAAGGUUCCCUCGAAAAACAAGAUCUGGAAACCUUAACCGAUAUAUUCCAGCACCACAUCCGUGCUGUUCCCUUUGAAAACCUCAGCAUCCAUUGCGGGGAGAAAAUUACUUUGGAUUUGGAGCACGUUUAUAACAAAAUUGUGCGGAGGAAGCGGGGUGGCUGGUGCAUGGAAAACAACCAGCUGCUGGGCUGGGUCCUGAAACACCUGGGGUACGACACCAGCUUUCUGGGAGCGUAUGUGUUUAAUCCACAUGAAAAUGCAUACGCCAGCAUCAUGACCCACCUCGUUGUGAAGGUCGUUAUUGAUGGCAAGGCCUAUAUUGUUGACGGAGGCUUUGGUGUAUCCUAUCAGAUGUGGCAACCGAUGGAGCUCGUGUCGGGGAAAGACCAGCCCCAGGCUCCUGGUGUCUUUCGCUUCACGGAAAAAAACGCCAUCUGGUACCUUGAGAAAAUGAGACGGAAACAAUAUAUCCCCAACCAAAAUUUCUCCAAUUCUGACCUUCUGGAGAAUAAAGAGUGUCGGAAAGUUUAUAUGUUCAGUCUUGAGCCACGGACAGUGGAAGAUUUCUCUUUCCAGUGCACGUACCUUCAGACCUCUCCAGAUUCCCUCUUUACAAAGAAAUCCAUCUGCACCCUUCAGACCACCGAUGGCUUUAGAGCGCUAAUUGGGUGGACACUUACUGAGACCACAUACAACUACAAGGAAAAUAUGGAUCUGGUGGAAUUUGUAACUGUUCAAGAUGAAGAGGUGGAAAAAACCCUCAAGGAGAAAUUCGACAUAACCUUAGAUAGAAAACUUGUCCCGAUUAACAUCAAAGGAUUUUACACAAUCUAGAUGACCAGAAAAAAAGCUACAAUAAUGCCAUGUAUGUAUGGUACCUUCCACUGUCUGUAAGAUUAUGGGAUUCUUUUGCAGGCAACUGAAGAAAAAAUAGAUUAAUACUAAUUUAAAGUGAAUUUCACUCCGGGAAAAAUCAGGAAUUUAAGACUCUUCAGCCAGGUAGAUAGAAUUAUUUGCUCUGAGAUGACUGCAGUUCCAUUUUUUUGUGCAAAUGUAUUAUCUGAUUUGAAUCUGGAUAUAAACUUGGGUAAUAAAUAUGCCUAGGGAAUUCUGGAGUGCCUAUAGCACAUGAGUAUGGAUUAUUAAUUGUGGGACGCUGCCAACACGUUUUCUAUGGUUAUUAUAGGGAGAAAAGUAAUCUAUGAGCAUUUAGACAAUGAAGUACACGUUUAAAACUUCAUUUUUCACAAGAUUUAACCACUUGCAGCUCAUCUCAUAUCUCUACCUUUAAUAUAAGUAAAACAAUGUCAUCUUCAAAAGGAGCAUUAGGAGGCGUAAUUCUUUUACCAUCAGCCUUAGAUAAAAAAUAGUACAAAAUGAAAAUUAUCAUCAUGUGCAUCCCUUUUGUCAUUGCUGCAGAAAAUUGCCCAAAGUAAUUUUUGGUAUGUACGUAAUUUCAAGUGACGCAAAUUGUAUAUAUUGCAGCAUUACUGUGGCUGAUGGGCUCUACAGAGAUAUGUACAAGCUUUGCUUUUGAUAAGUAACCAUCCUAUAAAGGGUGAAUGGUGCUUCAACAACACAACUGGCUUAGAUUUACUUCUACUCCAAAAGGAGUGGAAUUUUUGUAUUUUUAGCAGUGCAAGUUAUUUGUAUAACAAAGGUAGAACAAUGAAGCUAACUCCACUCUUCAUUUUGCCCUCUUUGUGUACAGCAAAUAUAGGAGCCCAUACAGCUAUCCUGAGUACCACUUAGCACAGGAGCUUUAGUGUCACAAGUGAGUUCAUUUCAUCUGUAUCAAAGUGAAAAAAAACAAGGAGCCAACCAAAUCUAAAGCAAUCCCUUUCUUUAGAAUUAUUUCACAAUCACAUUUCCCCAUUUUUUUUUCCUCAUAAAGCCCAAACAAGGAAUCCACUGAGAAAAGGGAAAUAGCCUCAAAUGCAUCAAAAAGUACAGUAACACUAGAAAAACAGCCUUUCUCCCCAGUCUGUCAUAAUCCUGAGUACUGGUCAAAUGUUGAUUCCUCCCACUGUGGUGUACCUUUUUGCUCAAAUACAUAAUCUGAUCAUAAAUCUCACAAAUUCUUUAAGUGUAUACCUGAAAAUAAAUAAAGGAAAAUAAAAAUAUAAAGAGUUGCUCUAAGUACAGCCUCUCCCCACAGCUGCCUGACUCCUGCACACAUCAUUUGAGAAGUAAAUGACAUCUGGUCAAUCAUGCUGUUGAUCUGCUGGUCAACCCUUCCCACCACGAAGUUUUUAAACCAAACAGGCCAAUAUUGAACAAAAUCUGACAGCAGCUUUGGAGAUGGUAGCCAUUUUCUUUAACGAAAAUGUUUCCUACUUACCCAACUUGCUUUUAUUGAAGAAGAAAUGCUUUUCAUUCAGAAAUAAGACCACGUGGGAAAGUUCUACAGCUUAGGAAGCUGCACAUGAAAAUGCAUCUGCAUUUGAGACCGUGUCAGAGCCAAGAAAGCUUGAAUUAAUGUGGGUUUGCAUUAUGAAUGUUCCACUGCUACACUUCACACCUCUGUCAGCAGUAGUUCAAGCACAGAUUUUUGUACAGCAGAAUGUUUCCACCCUGCCUAGGAAGCUAGAGCCAGACUUAAAAUACAUACAUAGAUAUAUACAUGUAUUUAUAAGGGUGGAAAUACAGACAAGUGUUCUAAAAGAUCCCAUCAUAAAAUGCCUGCUUGCCACUUUGGGCACUUAAAGUACAUGUAAAUAAAUAAUUUAGGGCUGAUUUUAAUUUUGUCUCGCUCAUAAUACUGCGCUAUGAACAGUGCUUUUAAAGAUGCAUUUUACAAACUCCCAUGAACUGUGCUAAAAAUCAGUAGUUGGUCGUACUGCAUCAUUUCAAUAGCUCACCUACCCAUCAGGCAAAUGUGAACAGCAGAGCACCCAGAUUUGAAAACAAUAAACCAAAUCUACCAUUUCAUCAUAGUUGGUGUUGGGUAUGAUUAGCAAACACAAGAACCACCCUUUUCCCCCUCCCAAAUUCCAAAAUCAUGGAUUUUUUAGAAAGUUCAUCCAAGCUCUUACCAGCCACACACCAUGCCACUCACACUUCCAGCCAUCCCUCAGGAAAUGACAUGAAAUGAAGAACCAAUGUAUGGUAGAACACCCUUUAACUGUGCAAAAUUACUCCCCAUUGGGUUGAACAGAACUCUGCAAAGCAAGAGAGCUCUCUGCAUAGAGCCUUGGCAAAGAAAGACUUCACCCAAGCCACUAAUAGUUAUCAAAAUUACCCAAAAGCUCCUUUACAUGGCACCACUUGAACAUUCUUCAGUCCAGUCCCUCAGGGUGUGCAACUGUGGUGACAUCUGGUUAUUGGGAGUUCACUAGAACACACCUUCCCCCCUCAAUGACCCAGUGGAGCUGCGCAGAAAUUCUCUCUCCAUUGAAGAAAUGUGUUCAGAUGGAAGUGAAUCUUUUUCCUACUAACAAGCAAGAAAGAAUAAUGGGAUACAAUCUGAGUUUUUCUUGUGAUGACCAACAAUAAAUCAUUUCUUAGCUCAGGUCACAUCUUCCAUGGGAAUAAAAAUGUCUUACCAUCAUUAACUUCUUUUCAGCUAGCAAUAAUAUAUGAUCAGGUUUUAAGUAAUUGAACCAGUAGCAUUUAAUUAGCUCUGAAAAACUAUCUCAGAUCAUGAAUCACAGACUUUCCACCUGUAUGAGGUCUCCUUCCUAGGUUAAAAGUAUAUUUCUCUUUCCAUGUGUGAUCCAUCUUGACUAUCUAAUGAGGUGCUCCUGAUAUAUGGAUUAUAGUUCAUAUAUCACAUGCAAAAUACCGCAGACACCCAGUCUCUUUCUUUAUAUAAUAGAGUUUCAUGUCUUGCUUCACUCGGUUGUUAAAAAAAGAAGAAAAAUAAAAGCCUCAUGUGUCCAUGACAGAAUAGCCACCACUUGCUUCAAUUUAACACAUUCCUCUUUCUCCAGAGAGUCAGUAUUAAGGAUGAGUAACUGAGACAUCCAGCUGGGGAAAGGAAGGAAUAGGAAGAAAUAUUUCUUGUUGGAAGUCAUUACUUCAGAUGGUUCCAUUGCAUGCUAAACAGAAAAAGUCAGUGCAGUCAACUAAUAUUUGGGGAGGGGACAUCUGUGGCCAGCGCAAAACAGGAUCACUUCUUCUAUCAGAUGGUGUUAAACGUCAUUGUUUAGAUUAAAUUACCUAAACCACAAUCAUUAACCACAAAAAAUAAUUUUUUAUUCGGCUUUCAAAUAUGUUUCUGAAGCCAUUAUUAUGCUUUUAUGACAAGACCUAGAUAAUUAAAAGAUUGGAUUUUUUUUUCAGAACAAGAGACAAGAUUGGCAAACUUCUUUAGGAAGACAGAAAUUAAACCUCACAAUCUGCUCAAGCAUCAAACUGUAAAUGUUGCCCAAUAUCUGGCUUGCUCUAUAAAAAAAGUUUUACUACAAACCCAUCUAUUUUUAAAUAGGCUUUAUUAAAAAAAAAGAGUCAAGAUUUAUAUCUCUGUUCUUUUCCAUCUUAUUUUCACCACAGUAAAAAAAAAAGACAAAUGCUUCUGUUGACUUUUUUCAAUUAGAAGACAGCAAAGGUUUUCAUUUUCAUAAUAAAAACCACAAUGAAAGCCAAACUGCCUUACUGGAUUGGACAAAGCUCAUCUCUACUCCAAAUAGUGCUUUCAGAUGUUAUCAUAAAUUCUAAAUAAUGUCGCUCUCAAUUGCAUGUGACACUCCAUCUAGUUAUGCGCAACAUUUAAAAAGGCUGAUGGGAUUAGUGCCCCACACAUUAAAAGCUGCUGAGAGAGGAAAGGAUGUAUGACAUCCAUUAUAUACACAUCCACUUCGAAAAAUGUUUGUCGUGUGGAUGGUGGAAAUUUCAAUGAGAACAGACUCAGAUUUACAAAUCUAUCCUUCACGUUAAAUAGCAAAAACUCCCAACCAUCUCCAUUUUGUGGUACUAUAUUUGGUAGAUAACAUUUCUAUUAGCUCUAGUUGUGCAGCUGACAUUAAUCUUGAGGUUUUAGGAACUUUUUCUUAGC